AACUAAAAUAAAACUGAGGGAGUAGAAGCAAGUAGCAUAUGAAUAUCUAUCUCUACAAAUUCUCUCUCUCUCUAAAACAGUUUUUCUCUAUCAAAGUGCCAUUAUCUUUCAAACUCCUCCCCCCAAUAAACUCCUUCUUCAUCCUUACCUUCUUACUAGGGUUUCUUGUUACUCACCUCAUAUAUAUACACUUCAAACAAACACCUACUCUACUCAUUGAAAAUCUUAAGAGUACCAUACCAUAAGUUGUGUGUUGUGUGUUGUGUGUGUUUCUCUCUCUAUUAGGAUCUAUGAACCUACAGUUCUAGCCAUUGGUGAAAUCAUAAGUUGUGGUGAAUCCGUACGUGUUGCUUGCAUAUAUAGAUGUAUGAAAAUCUUAGACCAUAGUACUAUUAAAGUUGUGUGUUUCUCUCUCUACUGGGAUCUAUAUAUAUAUUUGUUCAUCCAAAGAGAGCAAAUCUAUGGCUGGGAUCCAUCAUAAGAAAAACCAACUUCAACAAGUUGAAGAGCAGCAGCAACAACAUAGAUUCAUGGUGGAAAACGGCUCGUCUUCGUCGCCAUUUUUUCCAAUAAACCCAACCUAUCAUCAUUUCCCUCAUCAACAGAUCCAACAUAUACCUUAUAACCAACAGUUUUUCCAGUAUCAGCAGCAUCCACAUUACUACAGAUCCAUGUUAGAACACCAACAACAUCAAGAAAUACGGUUAUUCGAGCCUUCUCCAGAAGUCGAAAAUAACCAAGUGCAAGGUGUAUCUGGUGCUGGUACAUUUUUUCCUUUAAGCUUCAAGUUGGGUAUGGAAGGUGAUAGUAUCAGUAAAGGAUAUAGUGGUUAUGGAGAAGAAGAAGAAGAAGUAGUAGUAGUUCGAGGUGGACAGGAAGAAGAUGCUUUGAUUCGUAUUGGGAGUGAGCGAUAUUGUAGUGAGGCGCAGGCUCGACAAACUUCUCUAGCUGUGUCUCAUUGUUGGCAAAACCAAGAAGAUUCUGCUAUUAAACAACCUUUCUGGAAGCCAUUUUCAAAUGGGAAUAACAGCGGCAAUGAAAGAGAGAAGAACAAACAAGAAGACGAUGAACAAAUGUAUCGGUCACCUGAAGAAAGUAGAACAGUAUUUGGAGAGUUAGAAGCUAUUUAUGCUGACAACAUGACUAAUAAUGCUGAUCGUAACAACAUUCGUCGAAUUGCAUCUGAAUCUGUAGUCACUGCUGAAGAUUUGCCAACGAUUCCUGUACUGCCUUUCGACGAUUCUAAUAAAGCCGGUGAGGUGGCCACCACGGCCGUGGCUGCCACACCUGGUGCUGGAAUUGAUAUUGGAUCAGAAAGUGCAUCUGUUGGAGGAACAGAAGUAGAAGUAGAAGUAGAAGCAGAAGCAGAAGCAGAAGAAGAAGCGACAAGGCCGGGUGAAGUUCGUAAAAGAAAGAAAGCGAAAAGAUCAGGAACAAGCACUACUUCUUCCAUGUCAAGAUUUUUCGAGUCCUUAGUAAAGAAACUCGCGAAGCACCAAGAGGAACUGCAAAGGAGGUUCAUGGAAACGAUUGAGAGAUUGGAUCAAGAAAGAAAAGAAAGAGAAGAAGCUUGGAGGGAGCAAGAAUUGGCAAAGCUACAGAAAGAAACAGCUGCUAGAGCACAUGAAAGAAGCUUGGCUUCAAGUAGAGAAGCUGCUCUUGUUUCUUACUUGGAAAAACUCACUGGUCAGAAGAUCAAUUUUCAACCCAUCAAGAAGAAGACAAAAGUACGUUGUUCUACCUGAGCGUUCCAACACAUGAUGAUAAAACAUUCCAAUUAGAUACUUUCAGUUCAAAUUUUGAAAUUUAUUUUUUUAUCCGUGUUCUCUAGAGUCUUAUCUGUGAUACUGUGAGUAUAAUGCAGCUUCUGGUUUCCUAA